AUGUUCGCCUCUGCACGAUCAAUCCUCUCUCGGGCCGGCCUCCCUCGUGCUGCUGCCCAAGCGCCCCGUUUGCCUACCAGCGCCCGCGCCGCAAGGGCCUACGCCACUGAGGCUGCUCCUGGCGCAGAUGGCAAGCUCCAGCUGUCCUUGGUCUUACCACACGAGACGAUCUAUCAAUCCAGUGGAGUCACCCAGGUCAACAUCGCCGCCGAGUCUGGAGACAUGGGAGUCUUGGCGAACCACGUGGCCAGCAUCGAGAGCCUGAAGCCGGGGGUGGUCGAGGUGAUCGAGGGUCAAGGAGAAUCUAAGAAAUGGUUUGUUUCUGGUGGCUUCGCAAACGUCCAUCCUAACAACCUCCUGACCAUCAACGCCGUCGAGGCCUACCCUCUGGACGCUUUCUCACCAGAGGCUGCUAGGUCUGGUCUCCAGGAAGCCCAACGAGCCUUGAAUGCUGGGACUGAGGCCCAAAAGGCCGAGGCAGCCAUUGAGGUAGAAGUCUUUGAAUCAUUAUUGGCCGCACUCAAGUAG